ACAUUUCCCAGAAGGACGUGCGAGAUAGCCUUAGGCGAUAGGUGGGGACACUUCUAGCAAAUAAGAAGAGAGUUCCCUGUCUUUGCGGGAGGAGGGGAGAUGAAGAGAGAGAGUGCCCAGAAACGGAGGGAGGGCAGGGCCGACUCUCACCUGCACCAAUCAGUAUGCGAAACCAGUCAACAACGCCACGCCCACAAGUGGGCGGUACCUGCGGAUGGGGUGUAAGAAAAAGGGCGGGGGGCCAGCGGUAGCAAGCGAACGGAGGCUGGGCUGGGUCCCUUGCUAGGCGGGGAGGAAGGCUCUGAGGACCAGACGGGUGGGCUCCGCCUUGUCCGAAGCAACAUUGCCCCCUCCCAUCCCCCAACUCAACUCAGUACGAUGUUCAUUGGACGAACUCGCCGAGAGGGCUAAGCCAGACCUGAGGAAGGGCCAUGUGCGAUGCCAAAGGGGAGAAUGUCAGAGGUGAAGCGACCAGAGAAACUGGACCUAAGAGACCUCCUGUACCACUCUGCGCCUAGGCUGCGCAGACGGCUGAGGGAGGAGCCGUAGCCGGAGCUUCGGCCAAUAAGAGGCGGGGAAGGCGGAGCUUGAACCUCAAGAGAAGCCAAGGCUCAGCCUAGUCUGUAGUUUCCCAGGAGAGAGGCAAGAGCAGGAUCCCGAGCGAUCGCAGCCUGCUCCCAGUAUCCUCUCCAGCAUCCCGAGCCGGGAUUGCAGGUGUGAGGGAGACUUGAAACCAUCCUAUCAUGGCUUACCUUGGAGUGCUCUCUUUGCUGGCCAUGCUAAGUGUGGUGACGGGGACAACGUUCCCAGAUGAAACCGUAGCUGAGUGGUCAGUGAAUAUGUAUAACCAUCUUCGAGCCACCGGGGAAGAUGAAAACAUUCUCUUCUCUCCACUAAGCAUUGCCCUUGCAAUGGGAAUGAUGGAGCUUGGGGCUCAAGGAUCUACUAUGAAAGAAAUCCGCCAUUCAAUGGGGUAUGAGAGCCUGAAAAGUGGUGAAGAAUUUUCUUUCCUGAGGGAUUUUUCUAGUAUGGUCUCUACUGAAGAAGGCCAAUAUGUGAUGAAAAUUGCCAACUCGCUCUUUGUGCAAAAUGGAUUUCAUGUCAAUGAGGAAUUUCUGCAAAUGUUGAAAAUGUACUUUAAUGCAGAAGUCAAUUAUGUGGACUUCAGUCAAAAUGUGGCCGUGGCCAACUACAUCAAUAAGUGGGUGGAGAAUUAUACAAACAGUCUGUUGAAAGAUCUGGUGUCUCCAGGGGACUUUGAUGCUGUCACUCAUCUGGCCCUCAUCAAUGCUGUAUAUUUCAAAGGGAACUGGAAGUCUCAGUUUAGACCUGAAAAUACCAGAACUUUCUCGUUCACAAAAGAUGAUGAAAGUGAAGUACAGAUUCCAAUGAUGUAUCAACAGGGAGAAUUUUAUUACGGGGAAUUUAGUGAUGGAUCCAAUGAGGCUGGUGGCAUCUACCAAGUCCUUGAGAUACCCUAUGAGGGGGACGAAAUCAGCAUGAUGCUGGUACUGUCCAGACAGGAAGUCCCACUGGCCACACUGGAGCCUCUGCUCAAAGCACAACUGAUCGAAGAAUGGGCAAACUCUGUGAAGAAACAAAAGGUGGAAGUGUACUUGCCCAGGUUCACCGUGGAACAGGAAAUUGAUUUAAAAGAUACCUUGAAAGCCCUUGGGGUCACUGAAAUUUUCAUCAAAGAUGCAAAUUUGACUGCUAUGUCAGAUAAGAACGAGCUGUUCCUCUCCAAAGCUGUUCACAAGUCCUUCAUUGAGGUUAAUGAAGAAGGGUCAGAAGCGGCUGCAGCCUCCGGAAUGAUUGCAAUUAGCAGGAUGGCUGUGCUGUACCCUCAGGUUAUUGUCGAUCAUCCAUUUCUCUUUCUUAUCAAGAACAGGAAAACUGGUACAAUCUUAUUCAUGGGACGAGUCAUGCACCCUGAAACAAUGAACACAAGUGGCCAUGACUUUGAGGAACUGUAGGUGAUGACAUUUGAGUACAAAGAAAGCAGUUACAAGCACAUUCUGUUUGCAAGUGGUAUAUAUUUAGGAUUUUUGUUUUACAGUAUUACUUAAGGAAAUAUUUAAAAUAGUUCUGGAUAGUAGUAAUCCAUGUGACCUAUAAGUUAGCCUGUAAAAAAUGUUAUCAGUAUAGAGAUUAUGGUCCCAUUGUGUCAUUGUGUCUGUUGUACUGUUGUUUAAAAUAAAAGUAUAUAUUGAAAAUGUGAACAACUUUUUUCAUUUUAGGGGUAGCUGUAGUCUACACAGCACUGUAUCUGAGAUUUGAAAACUAUGCUGUUUAAGAAUUGUAGUAAAAUAGUCCUACAAAUUGUAGAAACUGUUGUUUCUGAGUUUCUUCAUAAUCUUGCAGAAUCAACACCAAAGUGAGCAACAUACAUGUAUAUAAUAAGCAAUACUGUGAAUACGGGAAGCCAAUAGGCCACAGAAAUUGAGAUUGUGGGAUAUGUAAUGCCCAUAGAUAUUACUGGCUUUGUGUAUACUGUAGUAUUAUAUUUUUAAGUUAUUAAAUUAUACCUCUUUUAUUUAUUGUUAAAAGUUUACUGUGGAUCAGAAUGCCACAUGACUCUAAAAACAAGCUCAGAUAUCUCAUUAGCUAUUCAAGAUGAUAUCAAAGAUUCCAUGGAGGAAUUCCCAUGUACCAUUUAAAUUUUAGUGAUUUUUUUUUGAUAUUCAAACAAUGAUGAAAUCACACAGUUGCACAUUCUCUUUACUAUAUCCAAGAAAGGCAUCAAGUGUUACAUUGAUGUACCAGGAAAAUAGAUGUAAUUACUUUAUAAAAAUAUCACUGGUAAGUGCAUCAUAUGGAAUCAAUGCUUCUUAAACUAACUAUAUCCUGCUGACACCUGGUCACUUAUUACAAAUACAGGUUAUUAUCCAGGAUGUUUAAGGUACAGUGGGUACCAACGCUUUCUAACAUUUCUGACAUCCAAAUGAUGCCACAGAUAUUUGACCAUAGCCUUUGCUGUUUGUCACUUUGGUUGCAAAAUUUUACUUAAAGCCAACAUCACAUUUUCACAGAUUGAGAGUAGAGAGAGGAGGGUGAAGGCAGGAGAUAAUCUGCACUAAUAAUACAAUGCCCUUGUCAAGCACUGAUGUGAUUCCAAAAUAGUUCUAGUAUGUACAAUAGAUAAAUGUAAGAUUCUUCUGUAUAUUAUAACACUUGAAAUACAAUCGUUAAAAAAUAUAGAGACAUUUAUAAGCAAAACCCAUGAAAGAAUUUAUGAAUUUCCAAGUACACAGUACUUAACACUGAAUCUUUUACAGCUUAUAUUUUCAGAGGACUUAUAGUUUAUUCAUAAAUCUUCAUGUUAUUGUAGAGUAGUGCUCUUGUUUUCAUUUAUAAUUUAUGAAGCUGGGCUGCCUGAUGUUAAUUCACUGUUCACAUUCUGUGCUAAGAACAGUCUUUAUCUUUGUAUCCUUCUUGUUAAUAUGACAUAUACAGCUAUACCUGUAUGUUCAUUAGUUGAAUAAAUGUAUUGCCUGUAAGGAAGAAUAAACAUCAUUAUGCAAUCAUGUGAUUCUGUGAAUUCCCAAGUGCUAUGUUUAUUAACAGAUAAUAAGAUUAAAUUCUACUACUUGGAACUUUUUUCUUAAAAUAUUUCAAUAUAUGUAAGUUACAUGUUACUUAGUUGAAAAUGGAUGUUCUUGUACUGGUAGAAAAGUUAGAAAUAAUAAUUUACAACACCAAG